AUGGAGGCCAUCGAAGCCGGAAAUCCAAGUGAUGAACUUCUUGAAGAAAUGGCAUCCGCCUUGGUUAAGGACAUUUUGUCUAAGGCGUUGGCACAGACUCAGCAAGAGCUCCUUGUUGGUGAUCAAGAAACACCAAUCAGCGACACCGCAAAGGAUAUUAUCCAAAAUGCAUCCACCAAAGCCAUUAUUACCCCAGUUGAGGACCAACAAGUCUCCUCAUCAGUCAACACCACAGUCAUCCAACCAGUAGAUGAUGUCAAAAUGGAGGCUAUCGAAACCGGAAAUCCAAGUGAUGAACUUCUUGAAGAAAUGGCAUCCGCCUUGGUUAAGGACAUUUUGUCUAAGGCGUUGGCACAGACUCAACAAGAGCUCCUUGUGGGUGAUCAAGAAACACCAAUCAGCGACACCACAAUAGAUAUUAUCCACAAUGAACCUGCCGAAGCCAUUAUCACUCCAUUCAAGGACCAACAAGUCUCCUCAUCCGUUAACACCACAGUCAUCCAACCAGUAGAUGAUGUCAAAAUGGAGGCCAUCGAAGCCGGAAAUCCAAGUGAUGAAAUUCUCGAAGAUAUGGCAUCCGUCUUUGUUAAGGACAUCUUGUCUAAGGCGUUAGCACAAACUCAGCAAGUGCUCCUUGUGGGUGAUCAAGAAACACCAAUCAGCGACACCACAAAGGAUAUUAUCCAAAAUGCAUCUACCAAAGCCAUUAUCACUCCAGUUGAGGACCAACAAGUCUCCUCAUCAGUCAACACCACAGUCAUCCAACCAGUAGAUGAUAUCAAAAUGGAGGCUAUCGAAGCCGAAAAUCCAAGUGAUGAACUUCUUGAAGAAAUGGCAUCCGCCUUUGUUAAGGACAUCUUGUCUAAGGCGUUGGCACAGACUCAACAAGAGCUCCUUGUGGGUGAUCAAGAAACACCAAUCAGCGACACCACAAAGGAUAUUAUCCAAAAUGCAUCCACCAAAGCCAUUAUCACUCCAGUUGAGGACCAAAAAGUCUCCUCAUCAGUCAACACCACAGUCAUCCAACCAGUAGAUGAUGUCAAAAUGGAGGCAAUCGAAACCGGAAAUCCAAGUGAUGAACUUCUUGAAGAAAUGGCAUCCGCCUUGGUUAAGGACAUUUUGUCUAAGGCGUUGGCACAGGCUCAACAAGAGCUCCUUGUGGGUGAUCAAGAAACACCAAUCAGCGACACCACAAAGGAUAUUAUCCAAAAUGCAUCCACCAAAGCCAUUAUCCCUCCAUUAGAGGACCAACAAGUCUCCUCAUCAGUAAACACCACAGUCAUCCAACCAGUAGAUGAUAUCAAAAUGGAGGCCAUCGAAGCCGAAAAUCCAAGUGAUGAACUUCUUGAAGAAAUGGCAUCCGCCUUUGUUAAGGACAUCUUGUCUAAGGCGUUGGCACAGACUCAACAAGAGCUCCUUGUGGGUGAUCUAGAAACACCAAUCAGCGACGCCACAAUAGAUAUUAUCCACAAUGAAGCCACUGAAGCCAUUAUCACUCCAUUCGAGGCCACAAAAGUCUCCUCAUCAGUCAACACCACAGUCAUCCAACUAGAUGAUAUCAAAAUGGAGGCCAUCGAAGCUGGAAAUCCAAGUGAUGAACUUCUCGAAGAAAUGGCAUCCGCCUUUGUUAAGGACAUCUUGUCUAAGGCGUUGGCACAAACUCAGCAAGAGCUCCUUGUGGGUGAUCAAGAAACACCAAUCAGCGACACCACAAAGGAAUAUACUAUCCACAAUGAAGCCACUGAAGCCAUUAUUACUCCAGUUGAGGCACCACAAGACUCUUCAUCAGCAAACACCACAGUCAUCCAACCAGUAGAUGAUAUCAAAAUGGAGGCCAUCGAAAACGAAAUUGCAAGUGAUGAACGUCUUGAAGAAAUGGCAUCCGCCUUGGUUAAGGACAUCUUGUUUAAGGCGUUGGCACAGACUCAACAAGAGCUCCUUGUGGGUAAUCAAGAAACACCAAUCAGCGACACCUCAAUAGUUUGCGACUUCGACAAGCCUUCUGCUUCAAAGGAUUUUGCCGUGAAAGUAUCUGAUGAUCAGAAUCGAGAAGAUGGACAAGAAACAGUUGCUGUAGACGUGGCAUACGUCACCGAAAAUGAUCAGUCAGAACCCAAGGUGAAGCUAGGCAGUGAUCAAAACCAAGAAAAAAUAUCUAAAGAGAUAAUAUGUGAGGGAGAAGAAGAAACCCUAAAUUGCACUGGAUGUCGUUUCAUACAUGUGGUAUCUGCAACAUAUGGUCGCCACGAAGAUGUAAAUGUAUAUUGCUAUCAUAAGUCCACAACUAACACUAAUUGUGGUGAGUGGGAUAAUGUGCUGGAAGUUACAUCUCAGCAUUUAAACAAUACAUACAAUUGUUCUAUGCACUCCUCGCACAGGAAUUUGCUUGUUGACGAUCCCUGUCCAUUUAACUACAAGUACUUGGAAAUUGACUUCGAAUGCAUUCAAGGUGUUGAUCCUUGUCAAAUGUUAAACUGCCAAAAUGGGGGAACGUGUGUUCUUCGUCCGCUUUGUAAUAGCUGUAAUGCAUCAUGCAUGUGCAGAUCAUGUUUCACUGGAGAUUCAUGUGAAAAUCGCAUAGAUAUUUGUAGUAAUGUCACAUGCCCUAACGGUGGAAUGUGUGUUCCUAAUCUCGACACGUGUGAAACAUCAUGUACAGGCUAUAGUUGUGAAAAAGUUGGAAUUGCAAAGACAGUAAGUACCGACGGUAUUCAAUGGGUAAACAACAGCUUGCAACUUGUUGAUAACACGAAAGUAGAGUUUGAUCUUCAUGUUCAAAUGAAAGGUGAUGUGUUGCUAGUUGCAGUGUUUACUAACCAUACAAUAGAAACCAAUACAGCUGUAAAUGACCCUGUUGUCACUGGGGGAGUAAAUAGUACGGAUGAAUACAGAUAUUUGACGGAACUAUUUAUAUGCAAUGUUUAUGAUAUCGUAACCAAUUCCAGCCUCGAAGCUAAAUUGAAUUUUAGCAUAUUUAAGAAAAUGGAAACCUACAUCGAAACUGAAGCUGUUGUCAAAGAGCCAAUUUGCCUAUUUUUCAACGAAACACAACAGACUUGGAGUGAUGAAGGUGUGAUAACCACUGACCAUUCACAAGACAAAGUAUCUUGCUCUUCUGACCAUAUUACCAGUUUCAGCGUAUUGAUGAAAGUUACUAAAGCAGAAGACAGCAAAACUUUGAGUCUGAUGUCGAGAGUGUGCGGUUCUCUGUCACUCAUCGCUUUGGUUGUUUCUCUUAUCGUGUACUGCUUAUUUCCGGAACUAUGGAAAGCACUCCGCGUUUCAAUUCACAAAAACCUGGUCGUUAACAUGAUUUUGAUGCAAUCACUCUUUAUUUUUGGGAUCGACAAGACAGUCCACAAGCAUCUGUCCAUUCGUAGGACAUCAAUGCAAGUCUUAGCUGGUCUACCUCUGCCGCGUGCACCAUGUCCAGAAGAGUUGAUUAUGUUCAACUUGAUCAGUGCUGCUGCUGCGAUAACAAUGUCCUCAUCAUUCGCCAUCUGA